GUAUCUAAAGGCAGUGUGCAGUGUCCGCUCAGCGCAUCUCUCCGCUCAGAUUCCUGCUGCGCAAAAGCACUGCGCAUUUCCCAAACCAGCCUGUUAGAGAAACCUGCUUCACCUGUAACCAGCCUAUCACCCAGGAGGGGGAAAAUCCUACUCCGCUUGUUGCUUCAGGAGCAACAUUAAGAAGAAAGUGAACUUUGGAAGAGAUUUUUUGGGGGGUCAGGAUGCGGGACUCUGUGCUGCUGCUGCUGCUGCUGGUGUUCGGGCUGCUUCAGGAGGCGCGCGCGCAGAAACUCUCCGCGCUCACGUUCCUCCGAGUUGACCAGGAUAAGGAGUGUAACAUGGAUUGCUCCAGCGCUCAACGCAAGCCUCUGUGUGCAUCUGACGGACGAACCUUCGCCUCACGUUGUGAGUUCCAGCGCGCCAAGUGCCGUGACCCCCAGCUGGAAGUCAUGAGAGGCUCGUGCAAAGAUACAUCGAGGUGUGCGGCUGAGAAGAAGUACACGGAGCAGCAGGCCAAGAAACUUUUCCCACAGGUGUUCGUUCCCGUGUGUAACCCAGACGGCACUUACAGCGAGGUCCAGUGCCACAGCUUCACUGGCUACUGCUGGUGUGUAACGCCCAAUGGCAGGCCCAUCAGUGGCACAGCGGUAGCCAAUAAGAAGCCUCGGUGCCAGGGCUCCAAGCAUGAGAAGGUCACUCCUCGAGAGCCAGGAAAAGCAGUUUCCUUGCAAAUCUUUUCCAUUCUAAACGCAGAUGAGUCUGUCGUCCUCGUCGAGGAGACACAGCCGCCAGCCGACGAGGAAGACAUGAUCUCACAGUACCCGACUCUCUGGACUGAGCAGGUGCGCAGCAGACAGAACAGGACGAGGACACAAACCUCUUCUUGUGAUCAAGAGCAGCUGACGGCGCAAGAGGAGGCGAGGCAACAUAAGAACGAGGCAGUUUUCAUCCCCGACUGUGCCCAAGGUGGUCUAUAUAAGCCAGUCCAGUGUCACCCUUCGACUGGCUACUGCUGGUGCGUCUUAAUAGACACAGGACGGCCCAUACCUGGCACCUCUACCAGAUACGAGCAGCCAAAAUGUGACGGCAACGCGAGGGCACAUCCCAACAAACCGAAAGAUCUUUACAGGAGCAGACAUCUUCAGGGCUGCCCCGGUAGCAAGAAAAACGAAUUUCUGACGAGCGUUUUGGACGCGCUGUCUACGGACAUGGUGCACGCAGUUACUGAUCCAGCUGCUGCCGGAAGAAUGCCAGAACCAGACCCUAACCACACUCUGGAAGAGCGGGUUGUGCACUGGUACUUCAGUCAGCUGGACAAGAACUUGAGCGGUGACAUCGGCAAAAAGGAGAUCAAGCCUUUCAGACGCUUGCUGCGUAAGAAAUCCAAACCAAAGAAGUGCGUGAAGAAGUUUGUGGAGUACUGCGACAUCAGUAACGACAAGGCCCUCUCACUACAGGAGCUGAUAGGCUGCCUUGGGGUCACGAAGGAAGAAGGGGCCAAAACAAGCGAAGGCACAACCUCCAGUAAACUAAACACGGUGAAAAAGCAAGGCUGAGAUUUCUGCCCCUUUUCUCGCUGCGAUCCUGCCCCCAACAAACGGCGAUGGACCCCCAUAGUAUUUGCACUUUGUACUUUAAAAAAGAAAAAGAAAAAAAGAUGUAAAUUCACUUUGUAGAAAGAAGGUAUUUAAACAGACUGCUGAACAUGUGAAUGAUGUUAGUUAGCUUUAUAUAUAUAUAUAUAUAU